AAUCUCAAUUAUUCUCGGUCUUUAUAAAUCCGUGCAGCAAGCAGAGUAAAAGUGACUUGGAAUAUCACUCGCAGAAGAGGGGGAGAGAGAGAGAGAGAGAGAGAGAGAGAGAGACAGAUGGCGCACACAUCGCUUCUGACAAACCCAACCCAUUGCAAAUUGUUGUGAUCAGACCCAUUAUUUUUCACUCCCAUCUCCUUGUGGUUUUUUCUUUUCUGGCGACAAUUCUCUUUUCUCUUUUUAUUCUCUUGUUGGUUGUUGUUGUUGUUGUCAGUUGAUUCAUUUCUUCCGAGGUUGUUCAUUAUUUCCACAGGAAAUCAUCUUAGUUGUAUUACGUUCCUACAUAUUAGCUUUAACCAAACAUCAACACAACAUUUUUGUUUAGUUCUUCUUACCCUGGUCCGUGUUUUCUUGUUUGUCAAAUACACCACGCCACGUUUUUUAUUUUUUGAUUGGAGAAACGAUUUGAUCACCGGUGGGUGACAGAUUUUGCGGCACAGAAUUUGAUUAGCCAUAGUCUAAAAGCUUUCUUUUUGAGAGAGAAAUAAUACUAAUAAUAUAAAAAAGAGGUGCCAAGAUUAUGGGUGAGUUUGGAGUGAGACGGUGGAGGGGAAUGAGAAUGGGAUCUACGUGGAUGGUGUUGUUUGGCUUUGCGUCAGCUUUUGGGAUUGCUUCUGCAGAAAGAAGCGUUCUGAAAAUGGAAGUGCCAAGAUUUAACGUUACCCACGAGCAUGGACACAAUUUCCUCACAAGAACUUUGGAUUUCUUAUGGCAAUCUGGGGAAUCAGGUUAUCAACACGUGUGGCCGGAUUUGGAAUUUGGGUGGCAAAUUGUCUUGGGUACUUUUGUGGGAUUUUGUGGAGCUGCGUUUGGAAGUGUAGGUGGCGUUGGUGGCGGUGGAAUAUUUGUUCCUAUGCUUAGCCUUAUCAUUGGAUUUGAUCCAAAAUCAUCGACAGCUAUCUCAAAAUGUAUGAUCAUGGGGGCAGCUGUGUCAACUGUUUACUACAACCUUAAGCUAAGGCAUCCUACGUUGGAUAUGCCCAUCAUUGACUAUGAUUUGGCUCUUCUCAUUCAACCAAUGCUCAUGCUUGGCAUCAGCAUUGGAGUGGUCUUCAACGUUGUAUUUCCUGAUUGGAUAGUGACUAUAUUGCUUAUUAUUCUCUUCUUAGGCACAUCAACAAAAGCAUUCCUGAAGGGGGUUGAAACAUGGAAAAAGGAAACCAUAAUGAAAAAGGAAGCUGCUAGGCGACGAGAGCCAAACGGUUCUGGGGCAGAAGUAGAAUACAAACCCCUUCCCAGUGGACCAAAUGGUGGCACUGAAAAGGACACCAAGGAACGUGAGGUGACUAUUAUUGAAAAUGUAUAUUGGAAGGAGUUUGGACUUCUUGCGUUUGUUUGGGUUUCAUUCCUUGCACUACAGAUUAUCAAGGAAAACUAUACGACUACUUGUUCAACAGCAUAUUGGGUACUGAACUUGUUACAGGUUCCAAUCUCAGUUGGAGUAACUGCAUAUGAGGCAACUGCCUUGUUCAGUGGACGUAGAGUAAUUGCUUCCACAGGGGAUCAAGGGAAAGAAUUUACCGUACUCCAGCUAUUUAUUUAUUGUGUCUUUGGCGUACUGGCUGGUGUAGUUGGUGGCUUGUUAGGACUGGGAGGAGGAUUCGUUAUGGGUCCACUUUUUCUGGAGCUUGGAGUCCCACCUCAGGUAUCAAGCGCCACAGCCACCUUUGCCAUGACUUUCUCCUCUUCUAUGUCUGUUAUAGAAUACUACCUGCUGAAACGUUUUCCAGUUCCUUAUGCUGUUUACUUCACUCUAGUGGCUACUAUUGCAGCCUUGGUUGGACAGCAUAUUGUUAGAAAGCUGAUCAUAUUGUUUGGGAGAGCAUCCCUUAUCAUCUUUAUUCUAGCCUUCACAAUAUUUGUUAGUGCAAUCUCUCUAGGUGGAGUUGGCAUUUCAAAUAUGGUAGGGAAGAUUCAGAGUCAUGAAUAUAUGGGAUUUGAGAACAUAUGCAAGUACGGGUCAUAGCACAUUUUGGAAGAUUAUUUUGUCGUAUUUACAUUAUUCAAAGUUCCGUACCCAAAGACAGGUGCCUAGUUCACCUAAAUUGACCUCUAAGGCUUCUCUCAUGUUCGAAGGUUCAUGUUUUUACUGUUGCCAAGUCAAUGGAGUGAUUCCGUAGGAAAUUCAGAUUCUGAAUUAUGUUCCGAAUAUUCAUUGUUUUGUAAUAGCAUCUAGAUUUUUUAAUGGCAAGUAUGUGAUCUAAAUCCUUUAUUUUUUGGAUUUCAAUGACAAAUUGGCAAUAAUUUCGAUAUUACAAAUAUCAAUCAUUCGAAUC